AUGGCCAAGGGGAAAGCAAAAGGUCAAAAAGGGAAGAAGAUCACCUUGAAAACUGCCAAAAAUUCCAUCCGGAUAUCUUUUGAUGGAUGGCGCCGUCUUGACUUAAGCCGGAUGGGUAUCACCACCUUCCCCAAGUGUAUUCUGAAACUGGAUGAUGUGGAUGAACUUGAUUUGAGCAGAAACAUGUUAAAAAAGAUUCCAACUAGCAUCCAGAAGUUCCAGAAACUGCGCUGGCUGGACCUGCAUAGUAAUCAGCUAGAGGAACUGCCUGAGGCAAUAGGUACACUUCAGAACCUUUUCUACCUGAAUAUAUGCAACAACAAGCUGACCACUAAAAAUCUGCCAGAAGAGUUGAACCUUCUCAAGAAUCUGCGUAUUCUCAACCUUGGCAUGAACUGUCUUGACAGUAUUCCCACCAGUCUUGGGGCCCUGAAGGAACUUCAGGAGAUAGGUCUCUUCGACAAUGCCUUGACCACCAUCCCAAACAGUGUGAGAAAGCUCCCCAAGCUCACGAAACUGAAUGCAAAAAGAAACCCUUUCCCAGAUUCAACAAAGCAAGAAGAGCAUGCUGACAUCAUUAAACACAUAGAAACGCUUUACUUAGUACAAGAGAAAGACCUAUGCUCUUCCUGCCUGAAGAUGUGUCAGGAUGAGAGGGACAAGCUGAACAAGUUAAAGAGUGUGACAUCUAGCCCCACAAAGAAGACAACUUUCCCUUUACUCCUUACACCCAAUUCCUCUGCAAAGGAAAACCAAGAAGAAUGGAGAUUAAGAG